UCACCAACCAAAGCUAGCGGAGAGGAAGCUCAGAGAGAGGAGGGGGGAGAGCGAGAGCCAUGGCGCCCAGCAGCGACAUCGUGGCCAACGUGCACAGCGCCAUCGACAGCAGCAACAAGACGCUGCUCAAGAGCGACGCCCUGUACACGUACAUCCUCAACACCACCGUGUUCCCCCGCGAGCCCGAGUGCAUGCGCGACCUCCGCCUCGUCACCGACAAGCACCCCUUGGGAUACAUGCAGUCGUCGGCGGACGAGGCGCAGCUGCUGGGGAUGCUGAUCAAGAUGGCGGGCGCCAAGAAGACGAUCGAGGUGGGCGUCUUCACCGGCUACUCGCUCCUCGCCACCGCGCUCGCCCUCCCAGCCGACGGCAAGGUGGUGGCCAUCGACACCGACCGGGACUGCUACGAGGUGGGCCGCCCCUUCAUCGAGAAGGCUGGCGUGACGCACAAGGUGGACUUCCGCGAGGGCCCCGGCCUCGACCGCCUCGCCGAGCUCCUCGCCGAGCAGGAGCAGGAGGACGGCGGGGAGGCGACCUACGACUUCGCCUUUGUGGACGCUGACAAGCCCAACUACGUUAACUACCACGAGCAGCUGCUGCGGCUGGUCCGCGUCGGCGGCACCAUCAUCUACGACAACACGCUCUGGGGCGGCACCGUGGCCAUGCCACUCGGCACGCUCAUGUCCGGUCUCGACACUAGGUUCUCCGCCGCCAUCAGGGACCUCAACGGCAAGCUCGCUGCCGACCCGCGCGUCGAGGUCUGCCAGCUCGCAAUCGCCGAUGGCGUCACAAUCUGCCGCCGCCUCGUCUGAUACGGCCGCGGUGUCACCAUCAUUCCCCGUGCCACUUUAGUCGAUUGUUUUUCAUCAGCGCUAGCGUGUGAAUCGUCUUAUGGUUUAAUUUCAAUAAGGGUAUUUUUCUUUUCCUCUCUUUUAUUUUAUUUUUGCUGUGUGCAUCUGUCUUCAAGUAUUUCAUUGGUGCAGGUGCUAAGUAUAAUUGGCAU